CACCAAGCCACUGCAUGCUCCCUUCUGCUUCGGGAGAAUGUGCCAUCCUGACCGCCCUAUAUAGUCUUUGCUUCUGGCGCUCUGCAGCCCGUGGAUGACUGGCAGGGCGACCAUCCUCCCAACACGCCCACCCGCAGCCACCUCGAUCGACACUCAAGAGGAGACCCGAGACAGCGCAUCUCACCGCCGACUGUCGCUGCCCCGACGCGAGUGAACGCGCUUCUGUUGUGAUAAGCGUCUACCAGUCGCCAACCCUCACGACAACUCUCGCCAACCCUUCACACCAACUCCCCCAGCAUGUCGUCUCCAAGCCCCAUCCCACCCCCGAACGACCGCCGGUCCUCACGCUCGUCGCGCUCGUCUAGCAACGCCAAUCGGACUGGCUGGGCCGAAGAGCAUCCUGGUGGAAUGCCCGUCGGCGGCCCUCCCAGCAGCCCCUCGCCCUUGGCCGUCCGCGUGUCAAACUCACCAUCAACGAAGCGCCGUCACAGCCGAAUCGUCAAAGUACCCCCCGAGUUCGCCAACCUCGAAUACGUCUCCACGCCCGACAGCAACCUCACCUGCCUCAUCUGCCACGCCCCUUUUGAUAAGCCCGUACAGCUCUCCUGCGACCACUACUUUUGCCGCGAGUGUCUCGAUCACGCAUGGGCGCCACAGCAUAAGAGGACAUGUCCCACGUGCCGGCAUGCUGUCGAAAGCGACAGUGACGUUCGCCCGGUGCCCAAGAUUAUCGAGACGAUGCUGGAUGAGCUUGUCGUCAGGUGCCCGAACACCAAGGCAGGCUGCAACUGGGCCGCCCAACGCGUCAACGUCAACGACCACGUCAUGUUGUACUGCGAAUACACGCCCGUCGAAUGCUCUGCCGCGGACUGUCGCUUGCAGAUAUCGCAAAAGGACUUUCACAAGGGCUGCUUGCAUUACACCGUCAGCUGCGAGGAAUGUCACGCUUCGCUCCUCAAGAAGGACCUCGACGAGCACCAGCGAAGCCUCUGUGCUAACCGCUUGACCACCUGCACGCUCUGUUCGGCUGAGAUACUCCGGCUAGACCUCAAGCCUCAUAUCAACAACGACUGCCCCAAACAUGUCAUAUCAUGCCAGGGCACCAUCGUCGGAUGCAAGUUCCAGGCCGAGCGUGCCGACGUCGUACUCCACGAACCGACCUGUGCGAUGGCAACCAUGGCGCCCCACUUCCGCGAACAGCAAGCCCGCAUCGAGAGGAACGAGGCGCGAAUGGAGCCCCUGACUAGGAAAGUCGGCAUCCUCGAAGACGGUCUCACCAACAUCACAAACUACCUGUAUCCAGCCAAUGGAAACGACGCCUCCUUCCCUGUUACCGAUCCCCUGGACCCCAACGACACCAACCCCCAAGCGCCCACACCAGACUUCCGCCUUCCACCUGCGUCGUUCCCACCAGUUCCACCAGGGGGAAAUGACAACAACAACUCCGCCCAACCUCCUUUCGACUCCCAAGUCCACCACCUCCUCACGCUACACGACUCCCUCCGCGAAGAAGUAUCCCGCAUCUCCAACGCCCUCACCGACCUCGACGGCCGCACCAACAUGAUGAUCAUCAACGAAAGCCAACGCUCCAAAGACGAAAUGCUGCACGUCAACGCCGCAAUCAGCAACAUGCGCAUGCACCUGCAAUGGGUAGUUAGUGCAACGCUUCAACAAAGGUCCAACGCUGCCGGCAGUUCCAGAACACCAGGUACCGCAAGCGCAAGUGCGAGCGCCGCGAGUAACGCUACACGUGCGGGUAGUGCUAGGCCUGGUCCUAGUGCCACGAUGCAAGGGCCCUUCCGCAGGUUGAGUGACUCCAAUAGGCAGGAUACUAAGCUGUAGUAGUAGCAUCCCUUCUUUUCUUUUCUUUUGCGUUUCAUGAUGGAAAUGGAAAUGAUCGCAGGUUCGAUCUACGAUGGAUAUGUGCUUAUGAAAAGUGUUUUUAUGGCGUUUAGGGAAUGGGGGAAAUGGAGGUUUGGGAUGAUGUACGACAAACUCGUUCCUGGGUGGGAUUAGGACUAUAUACCCCUUCUUCUUUGAUAUCGUGGAUGCUGCUGCACGGAAAUGGGGUACUGUCGCUUGAGCAGCGACGACAUGGCAGGAAUCGAAAUUGCUAGAUGAGACAAGACAAAACAUUAUACAAAAUAAUCAAGACAAUUAUCAAUCAUC